AUGCAUAAUGUUGUUACACUAAAUGUUGGCAUGUCUGAUCAUCUCCCAGUAUUCGUUCUCAGGCGCUUUAAGAAAACCGGAGAGCAAGGUGCAGCAGGCACUAAAAUACAUGAACACACAUCACUCAAAUACCGAAAUCUAAAGUCCCUCAAUAAUGAAUUGUUUGCUACAGAUCUUUCAGAAGCCCCGUGGGAUUCAGCAUUCGUGUUUGAAGAUACUGAUGACAUUGUUGAUUCGUGGUAUUCCAUUUUUAAUAAUAUCCUUAACAAACACGCUCCAAUAAUAUCGAAACGAGUUAAACGAAAGAUCCAACCAAAAUGGUUUACAAAUGAUAUAACAAAUGAAAUUCAAAUCAGAGACAGACUUCUAAAACAAGCACGUGCUUCCAACAACGCAAAUGACUGGUCAAUUUUCAAACUGGCCAAAAAUAAAGUAACUCAGUUAAUCCGUAAUAAAAAGAGAAAUUAUUUUAAAUCGAAAGUAAAUGAACAUCGAGAAAACCCAAAUAAACUAUGGUCAUUGAUUAAAGAUCUAUCAAGAGCAUCAUUGGGAGAAAACAACGGUGUUCGUCAAUUAAACGAAAACGGAGAACUUGUAACGGAAAGCAGAAGCAUUGCCGAAAUCUUCAACUCUUUCUUUGUUAGUCAACCACAACGUCUCUUAUCAUCUAUAAAGUCUACUUUUUGUAGCGAAUCUCUGCUAAACUCUCUAAAGAUAAAGAUAAAGUUUGAAAUUCCACAUAUUUCUCCAGAAAAGGUACUUCAAAUGCUAAAUUCUAUGCCAGCUAAUAAAGCAACAGGUGCUGAUGGAUUGAGUCCUAAAUUACUGAAAAUUGCUGCUCCGUCUAUAUCGAGCUCAGUCGCACGUCUCAUAAACCAUUGCAUCUCCACAAACACCUUCCCAUCCAGAUGGAAAGUAGCCAAAGUCACCCCCAUUUUUAAGAAUCAAGGAAGUGUAGAACACAAACAAAAUUACAGACCAAUAUCUGUUCUUCCGAUCCUCUCAAAACUAUACGAAAGACAUCUCUACGAAGCACUAUAUUCACACUUAUCCAAUAACAAUUUCCUAUACGGCCUGCAAUCUGGCUUCCGCAAACGCCACUCAACUGAAACUGCUCUAAUUCGCUUACUAGACCAAAUCCUUCUUGACCUUGAUAAAAACCACGUUACUGGCGUUGUUUUCGUAGACUACAGCAAGGCGUUUGACCUGAUUGACCACCAGCUUUUAUUGCAAAAGUUAAGCGCUUAUGGAGUGGAUGAUACCUAUCUCAAGAUUUUCCAAAAUUACCUCUCAGACAGGACACAGUUUGUGGAAAUCAACGGCUUCAAAUCACGCCCAUUAUGUAUAACUCAUGGUGUCCCUCAAGGUAGCAUUCUGGGCCCUCUUCUCUUUCUUGCUUUUAUAAAUGAUCUACCUCCAAACAUACCUAAUUCAACUGUUGAUGUAUACGCAGAUGACACUACUUUCUCUUCAAGUUCCUACUUCUCUGUCGCGUCGACUGAAUUACAAGUUAACCUUCAACACGAUAUACACCAACUAUGUCAGCUAGUGGCCAGACAAAAAUAGAAUGGUACUAAAUGCUGACAAAACCAAAUCAAUUCUUAUUACUGGUAAACGCCUUAAAUCCCGAAUGCAAUUAUCUUCCUUACCUCUUACAGCAAGUGAUUCAAAUAUUGAACUGGUUUCUUCGCAGAAAUUACUUGGCGUAAUCAUUGAUGAACAUUUAACUUUCAAAGAGCAUAUAAACAAACUUAGUAAAAACCUUAGUAAAAAGAUCGGCCUGCUGAGAAAGAUACGAAGAUACUUACCACUACUUGAGAGAAAGCUAUUUUACAACGCUGUCGUCAAGCCAGUUAUGAUGUAUGGUAGUUCUAUUUGGAGUUGCUGCUCGCGAAAUGAUCUGCUUAGAAUUUUUAAAUUACAAAAAAGAGCAGCUCGGGUAAUUUUAGGAACUGACACUUCCUCCAGGUCAAUAGCCAAUUUUAAUAAACUGAACUGGAUACCUUUUUAUGACGAAGUUAAAAUUAACAAAUGCACUUUAGUUUACAAGAGCCUGCAUGAUCAAGCUCCACAAUAUAUUAAGGACUUAUUUAAAACAAACAAUGAAAUUAAUGGUAGACAAACUCGUCAUGGCGAAUAUAAUUUAGUGUGUCCUAAAUAUAAUUAUGCAACUGAGGGAGGAAAAUCUGUAACGGUCAGCAGCAUUAAAAUAUGGAACAAUCUCCCGAAGGAUAUUAAGACGAAACCUAGCGUUAAUUCCUUUAAGUUUGCCCUUAAAAAAUACUUCUUAGAAUCUUAUAAGGGCAUCGAUCGCUUCGAAUUAUUAUUGUGACGUACCAUCAAGUUGUACUGUAUAUAAUUUGUAUAUAUAAAUUUAUAAUCCUAAGUGACCUUUUACAUAUUUACUCUAAGUAGCUUUUAGACGUUUUAAAGUAGAAUUAAUAACUUUGUAUGUAUUGUAUAUGAGGGCCACAGGUUUUUCAGCUAUAUUGCUGUCAUGUGUUUCUACCCUCUUUAAAUAAGUUGUUCACAUGACUGUUCUGAUAGUCACAUGACUGUUCUGACAGUCACAUGACUGUUCUGGCAGUCACAUGACUGUUCUGACAGUCACAUGACUGUUCUGACAGUCACAUGACUGUUCUGGCAGUCACAUGACUGUUCUGACAGUCACAUGACUGUUCUGACAGUCACAUGACUGUUCUGACAGUCACAUGACUGUUCUGACAGUCACAUGACUGUUCUGACAGUCACAUGACUGUUCUGACAGUCACAUGACUGUUCUGACAGUCACAUGACUGUUCUGGCAGUCACAUGACUGUUCUGACAGUCACAUGACUGUUCUGACAGUCACAUGACUGUUCUGGCAGUCACAUGACUGUUCUGACAGUCACAUGACUGUUCUGACAGUCACAUGACUGUUCUGACAGUCACAUGACCGUUCUGGCUGCCCUUACUUUUGAGUGGGAGCAGUCAGAGCAGUCAUGUGACUGUUUUCGGUUUGAUUCAAUUAGUGUUCUGAAAAUCCGGAAUACUCCGAACUACUAAUGGAGCAGCCUCUAUUUUUUUUGGAAUUUUCCGAUUUUUCACCAGCCAAUAAGAAAUGAGCCGAUGGUUUUCCAAUAAUGACGUUUGUCGAGCAAUUUGCCUAUCUACAGCAUAAUUUCGACAAAAACUUUUUAUUGAAGAAAUUUACGAACUUUUUAUUCUAAUUUUGUUUCAACUUUAAAAAGUAUCAAAACAAAUUAUAUAAACAAAUUUAGAAAAUAUGUCCAAGGUGUUUUGUAUCCGUUUUUUGUUCUGAAAUUUGCGUUACUAUUGUUGUUUCAAGCGAGCGUACUAAAUUAAUGUGUGUAAAUGUAUUGUAUGAAAGAGUUGCCAGCCUUAGGAUAUUAUACUAUAGACAAUACAAUGACAUAAUCAUGCGACUAUGCAUGCAUAAUGAGCUACACAAUAAAGUGCUAGAUAGCAAAGUCAGGCGAACUUUAUGCGCAUCUUUAAAUGUUUUUAACGCAUUUUAAGUAAAUACACAUAUUUUCUGGGUGGCCUGUGAGACUAGUUGCUUUUCAACAAGUAACAAUUGUUCAAAAACUCUGCCCUACAUUGUAAAAUUUCCUCUUGCCAUUUCUUUUUAAAUUUUUUCCUAACCUUUUCAUUGCAUAUUUUUUGGUAGAGUGAUACGAAGGCAACAACUGGACGACACAAUUAAAGCGAGAGCAAAGAGGAACAAGCAGAUGAGAAAGUGGUAGAAGACGUCGACAGAAUGACGACCAAAAGAAGCCACGACUAAUCAAAGAUGAUAGCAAAUGUACGGUUUGUCACUGUUAUUUAUGUUCUAUACAAUUAAGUCAAAUUUAGCGUUCAAAUCCAUUUGCAAGUCCCAUCGUUACGCUUAUUAACAGAAUUUUUUCCCAUUUUUUUUAUGGUGGUUGACCGUAAAUUGAGCGGAGCACGCAUGAUCAUCAACUACAGAAAUGAAGAACCGCGGACCAACAAAACAGAAGCAACGACGAUGCAAAGAUGCAGUGAAUGUAAGUUUUGCUGGUGCAUGCUUAUGCAAUAAUAUAAAUAUUUUUAAAUACUCAUGUUGAUUGCUACACCCUAUUAUUCUUACUCAGUCGUAGCGGACACUUCGCCAAAUAUUGGGGUGGGGGAAUUUGAUUGCCAACAUGAUAUGACCACCUUCUGUAGCUGGAAAUCUCAAUUAAUGUAAUCUUCUUUUCCUUAAAUCACGCAAUAUAUAGCUUGAUUGAAAAAUUCAUAUGCAUGGUUAUAAAAAUUAUUGUUACAGCUUUGCUACAGGGUGACCACCCGCGCCUCCCAGUGUGUGGACACCGCUGUUACUCAGUUCUUCCUUUAUUUCUGUGUGAUAUGCUACACCUCGACUUUUAUUUUUACUUUUGAAAUUUUAGCGUUCCUAUCUUUAAAAGUAUAUUGAGUAAACGUUUCCUAUGACAUGUGUAGUGAAAUGUCCAAUUAAUAUUUUGUUACUGAUGGGAAAUAUCCUUUCAUUUCAGAUGAAGACCUACAACCAACAGAUCCUACAACAUCGUCAAGAUGA